AUGUUAGCUUGACCCACAUUUCAAGUAUUAGUGUGAGGAUUUAGAUACCAUUCCCUAUCUAAAAGAUCUAAUAAUUUGUGAUUUUAAUCACAAGAAAGCUGCUGAGUCUGUAAGUUGGAAUUGGUUUUAGACAUAGCUGAAGGAAGGGAAUGCAUGCUUAAGGCUACUGAGGAAUAUCUUCUAGGGUUGGUUUGUCCACAUCGUUUUCCUUCCUUGUAUAUAAAUAGCAACUAACCCCAAUUGUCAUGGCAACCUCACUAAAGAGAACAUUUGGCUCAAUCCUAUCUUCCAUUGUAUACUUGUUUUACACGAACGAUCACCACCACGAUCAACGCUACCAUCAACACCACCAUCAACACCACCAUCACAAAAGCAGCAGAAGCAACAUCCACAAGCUCAAGUACAACAUGCCUAGAGGUCGACCCCUUUCGUUGCAGACUGUGGAGCUCAAAGUCAGGAUGUGCUGCACUGGUUGUGAGAGAGUUGUCAAGCAUGCGAUUUUCAAGCUCAAAGGGAUUGAUUCGGUCGAGGUGGAUUUACCGAUGGAAAAGGUGACAGUAGUCGGGUAUGUUGAACGGAACAAGGUCCUAAAGGCGGUGAGGAGGGCCGGAAAGAGGGCAGAGUUCUGGCCGGACCAUCCCUUGUACUUCACAUCCACCAGUGACUAUUUCAGGGACACAACCAAUGAGUUUAAAGAGAGCUACAAUUACUACAAGCAUGGUUACAAUAUUGGGGACAAACACGGUACCCUUCCGGUGGCUCAUCGGGGAGACGAUAAAGUCAGCAACAUGUUCAACGAUGAUAAUGUCAAUGCUUGCUCAAUCAUGUAACUAGAUGAAGAUGAUCUUCUGUGUACCAUGUACUAUAUAUGAUGAUCCUUAUGUUAACUAGCAGUGUGGUUUUCAAGCAUUCAAUCUGUACCAUAUAGUUCUGUACAGUAUGCAAAUUAAGCGUGUUUUUCAUGUGAUUGUAGUAGCUAGUGUGGGGAAUAUAUUCAACAUAACUAUUUCAAGGAA